GCCUUGACGUCUACAUCUUUCUGCCGCAAGCCCCGCCGGGGACAGCAUCGCUGCUGCCGGCAAUUUCCGAACUGGCGGCUGAGGCAGAAGCCGAAGAUCAAAGGCCCGUGUGCGCCCUCUUCAUGGAAGAGGUCCUGUUUGGGGGGAAGCGCUUUGCUGGCGAUGGCCUUGCGAGCUCGUUCUUUCUGCGGGCGAGCAACGGCACCUGGAAGAACCCAUACCACAGAGGAUUGAACGUCAUGGCUUUGGAUGGAUCUGGCAUCUACUCGGAGCCCCACAGACCAGUUUGCCGGCAUGGCAGGACAUCCCGAGUUUUCCAUGUCACCCAGAUGAGAUUCAACCACUACGUCGACGCAUUUCGUUUGCGCUGUGCUGCAUGCCGCGUCCGCGAUGAUAGCAUGCUGGCCUACUUCGCGUGA